ACGGAGGCGAGGCGAGUGUUGUUGAGUGUCGAUGAUCCAAGGGAUACAAAGUCAAAACCCUAACCCUAACCCUGUGGAUGAAUCGUGAUCAUGUCGUACAGCGAGGGCUCAAUUAGGAAAAUGCUGCCGAAGAAUUAUCUUCGCAAGCAUGUGGCUCAUGACAUAUUUGUUGCAACGACCAACUUCAAAUGGCUGGUGCCCAGGAUGGAUGAAUUUGUUUAUAAUGAUGGAUCCAUCAAGGACUUGAUGAGUCUGACUGGAACCCUUCCUGUCGAAUUUAAUGACGCGUCCUACAACAUCCCCGUGUGCCUGUGGCUCGAGGACAGCUACCCUCAGACUCCUCCUCUCUGCUACAUCAAGCCCACACAAGACAUGAUGAUACUCAGAGGAAAUUACACCUCCAGCAACGGAGAAGUGGAGCUGCCUUACCUGGAGGACUGGAAGAGUGGUGAGUGUGACCUCAUGAGCCUCCUGCAGGUGAUGCAGGUCGCGUUCGGAGACUGCCCUCCCGUGUGCAUGCAGCCUCCCUCCGAGCCUGGACACGCCUCGUGCCAGCUGCAGUAUCAAAGACAAGCAGAGGUUCUCUCAAGGGAAGAUGGGAGCUCGUAUCUGUCUCUACCCAGAGACGACGGUCCACCUUUCUUUCAAGCAUAUGAAACCAACUGUUAGUGUUCUCUGGAACGUGACGAUCAUUUGUGUAAAACCGGUUGUGUGUCUUAUCCCGUGUUCAGUGUCAGAUGGUAUCCAUUGAUGGUUUUAUAGUUCAUGAUUUUUAAGACAAAUACUGCAAUGCUGUGAAUAUUUUGUACGAUUACGAGGGUAAAAAGCAUCUGAUGUUUUGAGAUUUUUGUGUGUGUUUUUAAAAGCUGAAUCACUUUGGCAGUUGUAAAACUGUGUUGAGAGACGUGAAUUACUUUACUGGCGGCUCAUAAAGCUGUGAUUUCACUGCACCUGCUGUGACCUCGGCCAUAAAUCUUGUGGACUUUUGACCGGAGAAGAGAAGAGACUGUAAUUCAAAUCAAGGUGAAGCCUCAUACGACAGUUUAUUACAGAAGAGUCAGGCUUGUGCAUUUGCCAGAUGUUCUGUUUAAAAAUCCACAUCAACAACAACUUUUUGAAUUCAUUAUACACUUUGGAUGGCACUGAAAAAGAAACGGUGUUUAUAGGAAUACUUGUAAAUAAAGUCUAAUUCUUGUCAAUAGGAAUGAAGAAAUAAACCCAUUGUGUUUAGAUAUUCAAA